AUGCACUCUCGUUAUCGAUCAAUAGUAGCACUGAUCGACCCAGAGGGCGGAAAUGAAGGGUGUCCAAGAAAAGGAGAAGAGCGUCAGGUAUGCGGCCAAGAGAUGGACUUACGCCUUCUUCAAAGAUUGGCAGCUCAAAGAGCGCCAGAAGAAGAAGACGCGUCGAAAGAGUUUCGCAGGUGCAAUGUGUUGGCAGUGCUAGCCAAAAGGAGGGCGGGUAAAAAGGCGCAGCCUCAGCGAGUAAAUGACGAUUCGCAGGGUAAAAGAGGCGGGAGAGCGGCGCCAGGCGGACGAGAGACGCUCAGUCCAACCAACCCCGCCAAGCCCAGACCCACCCUGUCGUUUUCCUCGCCAAAUCCAUGCAUGCUUCGGUUCCUGCGGCUACGUGACGCUGGCCAGUACCAAUACCUUGGUAUUCUUUACGCUCCCGUCAAUACACAGCCGUCAUGCUACUUACUAGUAGGCAAUUACCGUCAAGCAAAAACCCCGUCAUGGAGGGAAGAGGCUCCGAGUCAUAAAGGAUUGGAGAAGAGAGUCACCGGUUUUGUAACGAGCCGGUUUCAUCCAUGGGGCAAGCCAGCACCGAAGUACAAAAAGCAAAAGACUAUGAGGCAUUUUGGAGGUUGGCUACCAAGGCGGGCUAACCUCGAUCUUACUAACCCGAGCAAAGAAAGGCUGUCAGACAAGGAGGGCGGCUACUCAAUGAGAAGGAAUGAACCCCCACGAGGACAAGACAGCGCAGGAGCCAGGGCAGGCAUCAUAGCGGCACGAGCUGCUACUGUUGUGUGUGGGAAAGUUGCCCUACCGACCGUCGGGGCGGGUAAUGCCAGGGUUCCUCGGCGUAGCUACCUCUUCCGACUGAUUCGGUCGGUCGCAGCUCCAGGAAUACACACCACACACCACCACCCUACCUACUCCAUACACAGCACACCAAACCAGACUAACAUGCUGGGCUUAAAUCUGGUGGUUCCUGAUCCGGAAAGCGAUGGUCUUGGCCCUGUGACGUUAUCUCAGUCUGAAGCAGUAGUUACCAGUACCGUAGGAGCAUCUCGUGUGAUGCCGAUGAUGCGGGCCAGAACGACAAACUUGCCUGCUUGCUACAGACAUCACUGGGAACUGCGAACCAACUGCAAGAGAAGUCUCGACGAUUCUAUCCCACGACUGGCAAUGGGACAAGCAGGUGGUUUCCAUGUCUUCAAUCUGCCACGCUCACCUCUCAAGCCGAGUUCUUGUCUUCCCCCGGGUAACUCCACAGUGAUCAUCCCAGGGAUGGUCACCCAGGCAUUCCCGACAAGAAAGGCUCAGCAUGUUCAGCGAGUGGCAGUGAUGGAAAGUGUGAGAGGGAAAAAGGAAGCAGGAAAACCCAUCGGGAUCGGCCUGAUUGUCUCCGGAAGAAUGGAGACAAGGAAGAGGGAAAAAAAGCAGUAUGGCGAUGAUGACCAGAUCCAUGCCCGAUGGCAAAGCAACUGGGACAAGCGGGUAGCGAUCUCCAAAGCGGAGACCAUCGAGCGGGCUAAUUCCACCCCAUCCACCACCAACGGGCUUACAAUCAAAAAACCUGCACAUCCACGGUCGCUGAGGAUGGGGGGUGCAGCUAGACUGCUAAACGCCUCGCGAAGCCUUCAAGUGCUGGGACAAGCUUCAUGCGAUUCAGGGAUAACCCCCACUCAGUGCCAUGGCUGCUCCGGGAGAUGCAGCUUCCCACAAUCGCAGCAGCCAAUCUGCGCGUCUCGGGAAUUCCUCUCCGAAGGAUCCUCAUCCAUGACCGCCAACACGGACUCUCCGCACUUGGAUCGAGAACAAGAUACAAGGUACAUGCUACUUAUGUACACUUAUGUUCCGAAUACAUCUGGUAUAUGUGCUACGCGGCCUAGAAGCCAAGAUCGAAACAGACUUUCCGCAAAUAAACUCCGACCGUCGACGGAAAGGAAAAACAGAAUAAGAAAUAUAAACUAUAUACAAUGA